AUGAACCAUUACCAGCUAGAGGAAGACCCGGUCACUAAGAAGAAAACUUUCAAGAGAUACGCGCCAAGGAAAGGAGACAAAAUAUACAAAGAAUAUAAAAAGUUCUAUUUUUAUUCUGAUGCCUACAGACCUUUGAAAUUUGCGUGCGAAAGCAUAAUAGAAGAGUAYGAAGAUGAAAUACUCUCACUUAUCGCCCAGGAGGCACACUCUCUAGCUGACAAGCUGUGCAGCGAGGAAUCAGGUAUUUGUGGAACUUCUGCUAAUCAUACAGAACUCUAG